CUCAUUGGGCUCGCUUGCCAUGCAGCAGCAGCAGCAGCGGGCUGCUGCUCGUGCGGAGCGCCUGCUCCGCGGCCGCUGAGCGGGAGCCGGGGCAGGGAGCCUCCUGUCUCUGCCUUCCUGUCCCCGCGCGCGGCGGGGCGCGAGCCGCAGGUGGUGCGGAUGGGAAAAGCAGAGCCGGGAGGAGGCGCGAAGAUGAGCCGAGGCACGGGGGUCCUCCCCGCGGAGCAAGAAGGGGACGUGCUAGAGGAGCUGCAGAGCCUAGGGUGGUACCACGAUAAUCUCACCCGCCAUGCAGCAGAGGCUCUUCUUCUUUCCAAUGGAUGUGAUGGAAGCUAUCUCUUAAGGAAGAGUAAUGAAAGGAAUGACUUGUAUUCUCUCUCAGUAAGAGCAAGAGAUUCUGUGAAACAUUUCCAUGUGGAGCACAUGGGGUCUUCAUUCAAGUUUGGAUUUAAUGAAUUUCCCAGCUUGAAGGAGUUAGUCAUGCAUUUUGCAAACCAGCCUUUAAUUGGAAGCGAGACAGGCACCCUAAUUGUACUGAAACAUCCGUAUCCCCGGAAAGUGGAAGAACCUUCUAUUUAUGAGUCUGUCCGGGUUCACACUGCGAUGCAAACAGGAAAAACUGAAAAUGAUCUUGUCCUGAAUGCACCUUCGCUUGGUACAAAAGAAGGAUACUUGAUAAAACAAGGCAAAAUAGUAAAGAAUUGGAAAAUGAGGUGGUUUACACUGCAUAGGAAUGAACUUAAAUAUUUCAAAGACCAGACGUCCACAGAACCAAUUCGGGUACUAGACUUAACGGAAUGCUCAGCAGUGCAAUUUGAUUACUCACAGGAACGAGUAAACUGUUUCUGUUUAGUAUUCCCGCUAAGGACAUAUUACCUGUGUGCAAAGACUGGCAUAGAAGCUGAUGAGUGGAUUAAGAUACUGCGAUGGAAAUUGUCACAAAUAAGAAAACAACAGGACCAGCGUGAUGCCACCUCUGCUCUGUAGUUAUGCCUCUAAAUAAUUUAGUCAGCGAGAGUCAGCCUUCAGCAUUGAGUGUCACUUCACACAGGAGCGGUGUCAGCACAUGCGUUACCUACAGUGUACAUCUAUGUACUUGCAUAUAUAAGAUUAAUGCUAAAGGGACACUUUCAGAAUGUGAAGUGUUAUCAGUGAAAGCUGUUGCAUCCUAACAAUGCUGGUUCCCUACCCACUCACGUGUUCCUAUUCGGUUCACUUAUGCAGCACAAAAGUGUUCAGUAUUUGAAACUUUCGGCAUCGUAGUAAAGCACUCUCAGUUAGCUUCAUUGAGCUUCUGUAAUAAAUGCAUAACUAACUACUAGCAACAGCUGUUCUGCAGGGGUUAGCCCACUCAUUUGAAAUCACCUUUUUUCUGGAAACCUUAAAUAUUUGUUUUGCGUUGUGUUUUAAGGGUUUAAAUCCUAGAGGAAAAUUAUGUCUCCAGAGUGGAUUUUUUUCAUUGUGAAACUGACUAGAGUGUAUUUUUGUAAUUAAUGUGAGUCCCUAUUACAUGGAAAAUAUAAACUUAAUAUUUUUAAAGUCCAGUGUCAAAGUGGGUGAUGAAUAAUAAUUGGUUUUGAUUAAAGAUAUUAGCGUCUGGUCUGGUUCUACAUUUUGGCAGUGGUAGUUGCAAGUGUGUAGAUUGCUGCUCUCUCUUUCUGUUAAAUAGAAUGUAUGUUACAGACAUGUACAAUAUUGAGAGCAUCCUUAUUUAUACAUUGGGGUGAUAAGGGCACAGGGCAGUUGGACCCCAGCGUCUCCAUUCCCAGUACACCCAUGAAGGAGUAGCCAUAGGCACCCAGGGAAUGAGGACAGAAUGCUGUACAGCCAGCAAAGCCCUUGGUUCCCAUUGGGCCAAGAGCUUUUUAGUGGAAUUCUAGCAGAGUCAAGUGCCUGUCACUUGCCCACAUGAAGAUGAUCAUUAAAUUUUACGCAUUUCUGCUAGCCGCAUCUGCUUGUAAUGAUCUUUUCCUUGGUUAGUAUUGAGAGUUUACAGGCAGAAGCUAUUAAUUUUAAUUGAUUAGGUUUGUGUGUUUUAGGGGACAGGGGCGAGGGGAUAAGACAAGUUAUAUUCUGGAAAUCAAUUGUAAAGCAUUUGGCAGCUCUCUGGACAAAGAAAGAAGGGAUCAUGAAUUUGUUUUUAAAUAUCAAAUUAGCUUGAAUUGUACCUGCUCAAAAAUGUUUUACAUUAGACAAGGCCAUGUUAUGUUCUCCUGCCAUAUAAACUGCUGUGGCAUU